ACCGGCACAGCUUCGACUCAGCCUCGAGGAACUCCGCCUCGUCUUCCUCCUCCCCUCGUUCUCCUCGACGCGCCAACUCUCCCUCGCUCAGCACACCGCGCUGCAGGCUCAACAGCCUUGACACGUGCACCUCGCCUCUACCCACACAGCCCCACCGGCAGCCCAGCUCUCUUACCUGUCGCAUCCACUGCACCGUCCCUUCGACACGCCUUGUCCGCAACCUCCCUCUGACGACCCCGACCCCGACCUCGACCACGACCCGUCCUCGACUCGCUCGCGCCCACCAUGUCCGACGCAGGCGAGGCCGCGCAGAACCUGUUCGAGUCGUACAAUGACAAGAUCUCGAGUGUUGCGCCCGGCGCUGUCGGCAUCCAGUUGGCCUUGAUGGUCGGCGUCGGCCUCGCCGCCCUGUGCGCCUUCUCGGUCCUGCGCCCCAACAACUCGGUCGUGUACCAGCCCAAGGUCAAGUACGCGUCGGACGAGAAGCGGCCGCCCAAGAUCGGCAAGGGCCUGUUCGACUGGGUCAACCCCGUGUUCCGCACGACCGAGCAGGAGAUGCUCUCGACGAUUGGCCUCGACUCGGUCACGUACCUGCGCUUCCUCCGCAUGUGCACCUACAUGUUCCUCGUCAUCGCCGGCCUCACCUGCGCCAUCCUCAUCCCGAUCGACGUUACCUACAACCUCAAGUACGUCGACUCGGGCGACAGGAACUACCUCCUCAUGCUCACGCUCAGCAAGGUCGGCAAGAACUGGCUCUGGGCACACGUCGUCGCCACCUACGUGCUCACGCUCGUCGUCUUCUACUUCGUCUGGGUCAAUUAUGCGGCCAUCGUUCGUCUUCGGUGGCAGUGGUUCCGCUCGCCGGCCUACCAGGACAUGCUCUACGCUCGUUCGCUCAUGAUCACGCAGGUCAACAAGCAGUUCCAGACGGACGCCGCCUUGCAGGGCCUCCUCGCGUCCCUCAACAUCCCCUACCCGACCACGGCCGUCCACAUCGGUCGUCGCGUCGGCGCCCUGCCGGCCCUCAUCGAGAAGCACAACGAGACGGUCGCCGAGCUCGAGCACGUCCUGACGACCUACUUCAAGAACCCGAACAAGAUCGGCGCGCGGCCGACCAAGCGCAUCGGCGGGUGGAUGGGGCUCGGCGGCCAGAAGGUCGACGCCAUCGACUACCUCACCGAGAAGAUCAAGCGCCUCGAGGAGCGCGUCGAGCUCGCUCGUCACCAGAUCCACGAGCGCAAGGCCGAGAACUACGGCUUCGCGUCCUUUGAAUCGGUCCCUUACGCCCACAUCGUCGCCAAGACGCUCCUCGGCAAGCGCCGCCACAACGCCCAGUUCGAGCUCGCGCCGCAGCCGAGCGACCUCAUCUGGCAGAACCUCAACAUGUCGAACGCGGCGCGCGGCAAGAACAAGUUCUUCGGCAGCAUCCUCCUCAUCCUCCUGUGCGGCUUCUACAUCAUCCCGCUCGUCGCGGUGUCGCUCCUCGCCAACCUGGCCGCGCUGUCGGCCUACGUCGGCUUCAUCGACCGCUGGAUCAACAACUACCCGUGGUUGUUCUCGGCGUUCAUCGGUGUGGUACCGCCCGUCUUGACCCUCGUGCUGCAGAUGAUCCUGCCCAUGAUCAUCCGGUGGAUCGCCUCGCUGCAGGGUGCGACGACGCACUCGCAGUCGGACCGCAUCGUCACGGCGCGCUACUCGGCCUUCCUGUUCAUCACCCAGUUCAUCAUCUUCUCGCUCCUCGGCGUCGUCGUCCAGAUCAUCUCGAAGGUCGUUCUCGAGGUCCAGGGCAACAAGUCGACGAGCGAGAUCCUCAAGUACCUGAGCACGAUCCCCGACCAGCUCCAGAGCACGUACAUGUACCAGAGCAACUACUGGCUCACCGUGUUCCCUCUCCGAGGUGCCUCGGCGUGCUUCGACCUCGCCCAGGUCAUCUCGCUCUUCCUCGUGUGGUCCAAGAAGCACCUGUUCGGCCGCACGCCGCGCGAGAUCCGCGAGGCGACCAAGCCGCCCUUCUUCGACUUCCCGGUCUACUACUCGAACUCGCUCCUCCUCGUCGUCGUCGCGCUCGUGUACGCGCCCUUGGCGCCUCUCGUCGCCCUGUUUGGCAUGAUCGCGUUCGCCAUCAGCUACUGGGUCGGCAAGUACAACCUCAUGUACGUCGCCGUCCCGAGGAGCGAGACGGGCGGCCGGCUGUGGAACGUCGCCAUCAACCGCGUCUUGAUGAGCCUCAUCCUCAUGCACCUCUUCAUGGCGGCCUCGAUGGGCUUGCAGACCAACUGGUACUACGCCAUCGCCCUUGCGCCACCGGCCAUCUCGGUCCCGCUGUACAAGAUCCUGCUCGACCGCAAGUUCAAGGACAAGUUCCGGUGGUACAUCCCGUCGGACGCCGAGAUGGCCGAGGUCCACAUGCACCACGCCGACGCGCGCAAGAACCGCCUCGGCAAGCGCUUCGGCCAUGACGCCCUGAGCGAGCCGCUGUUCACGCCCAUGCUCCACAAGAGCGUACAGCACCUCCUGCCGACCAUCUACAACGGCCGCAUCGGCCAGGGCGAGGCCAAGCUCGAGGGCCAGACGGUCGACCAACACACGGCGGGCGGCCUCACGUUCGCCAUGAUCGACGCGCACAACCUCGAGGUCGACCGUGGCGCCUACCUGCGUCAACGCGACGAGGACGAGGCGACCGUGACGACCGCCGCCGCACUCGGUCAUCACCGCCGCGGGCCGGGCAGCGUCGCCGGCUCGAGCGCCUUUGGCGGCGCCGGCGACGACGACUACUUCUCGGCGCGGCGCGCCGAGUACCUCAAGACGGGCGCGAGCCGCUCGACGACGCCGUUCAACCCGGGCACGCCCGAGGAGCUCCCGUUCGAGCUGCAGCGCAUGCCGACGUUCGACGGCGGCGCCGUCACGCCCGGCGGCGACGCGCUGUACUCAUCGGCCAACGCCUCGACCGAGCACCUCAUCGGCGCAGCGGCGGGUGCGGCGUACCCGCCGUCGUACGGCUCGCCUCGCGCCGGCCACCGCGCCAACUUGAGCACGGCGAGCUUCGGCAGCGUCGGCGGCCAGGGCGUCUACGGCGAGUACGGCACGCCGUCUCGUCGUCAAAGCGUCGAGAUGAUGCAGUACGUCGCCGGUCCGCCUGCACCCGCAGCCGGCGGGCGCGCCGUCCCGCAGCGGCAGCACACGGCCGGCUCGUUCGGCGGUAGCCCGGCCAUGGGCGGCGGCGAGUGGCAGCCGCAGCCGCAGCACGCACCGCGCCGCAGCAUCGACUCGGGUCGCAGCCUCGGCGGCGGCGUCAUGUACCCGCCUGGCGCCGGUGCGCCGCGGUACGCCUCGCCGCCGCAGUCGCAGUCGCCGGGCGCGUUCCAGGAAACGCUCGCGUACCCGGUCCCGGCCCCUCGCGGCGGCCCGACGCAGUACUCGCCGCUGCAGCCGAUGGAGAGCAGCGAGCACCUGCCGCAGGGCGGCGCGCCGUCGCGGCUCCCGGGCAUGGGCCUCCCUCCUGGCGCCGGUCCUGCGCGCCGGUGAGUCGGUCACUCGCUCCCGCCCGCAUCCUUCCCCUCCCUCCCUUUGUCCCUAGACGACCUUCCGCUGCGCUAGACGCACCCACAGACACUACCCGCGCCCCCUUCUCCCCUUCGCCUCGCACGACCGCUCCCGCUCUUGACGAUCCCCCUGCAUGUGCCUUCUCCCUCUUUGACCUUGAUUACCCCUCGCUCUCUCUCUCCCUUUCCAAAUCGUUCUGCCUCGCGCAACGCAACUGUAGCAUGCCGUUCCUCCUUCCUC